UAUGUGUAGUCGUUUCUCGUAUUAUUAGUGUUGUUAGUAGUUACUAAUAGUUGUGAUAAAAAAUGCGUCGCAUUUUUGUAAUCAUCAUUUUUUUCGGAAUAUUUUUAUUCAUUGCGUACACGUUAGUACAAAAACCCGACAAUAAUGUAUUAUUAACGAUGUUUCCAAAACCUUCAAAUAUUAGUCAAGCUACAUUAAAAAAUCUCUUUGAUUCAAAUAACAAUCGGACUGUUUUAAGAAAUCUCUUCGAUAUAAAAGUCCAGAAUAACUCAAUAUUCUUUCUGGAUACUUCUCUUAAAGACUAUCAACACAAAACCGUCACCAUACAUCGUCGAGUAUCUUGUGCUUUGGAGUCGGCAGCUUUACAUCAUAGAAAUCGGACGAUUUAUUACGUUUACGUUGGAAGAUAUCCUGAAGCAGCGAUGGAUACUAAUGAUAUUAAUUUGAAACCGAUUUUAAUGUACGAAAACGUUCAGAUUGUUUACGUAAAAAUCGACGAUUUGGUUGAAAAUACGGAAAUUGAAGAAUUGAUUAAGAAAGGUUCGAUUCAAAAGUCGAAUUAUUACGUUGAGCAUUUUAAAGAUGCUUUUUGUGUGAUCCUUUUAAGGAAAUACGGUGGGGUUUAUAUGGACGGUGACGUGAUAAUAUUAAGAUCUUUAGACGAAUUGGGAGGAAAUUUUGUCGGGAAGGAAUCCGAAGAAGUUUUAGGGACUGCAAUUUUGGCGUUUAACCAGAGUGGGUAUCAAUUUUUGACUUCUCUUUUGAACGAUUUGAAUGACAAUUAUAAUCCAAAAUCGUGGGGUGGAAAUGGACCAUAUCUGUUUACUAGGGGUGUGAAAAAAUUGUGUGGUACAACGUCGAAUUUUUCUCACAAUGAAUGCGACUAUUUAAAAAUCUUUUCGGAAAAUUACUUUUUUCCGGUUUAUUACGAGGACUGGAAGCAACUAUUCGAUCCAAAGUAUACCGAAGAAAUUCUGGAAAUAACCAAAAAUAGCUACAUGAUUCAUUUUUGGAAUAAAUUGAGUCACGAAUGGAUAUUGGACGUUAAAUCUGACGCUCCUUAUGUAACUUUUGCGAAAAAACAUUGUCCGAAAACGAUUUCUAUACAAAAUGAAUCAUUUUAAAUUAGUAGAUAAUUCAAAUUUUUUAAAAUUCUGUUUUAUAGUUUUUAAAAUUUCAU